AUGAAUCCUUACAGUUUUCGAGGAUGGCACAUACCCACAGCCUACUCGGACUCCGUCACCUGCGACAGGAAUUACUCCAGCGUGUACCCGGCUCCGUGGACUUCUGGCUAUUUCACGCCAGCUUCAGUCUAUCCAUUCCCAGGGGAGGAUAUCUCUGGCAAGCCACCUCACGCAGGCAACUGGAAGUUAAACCCUCUCAGUUCCACGGAUGGGUCACAUGGGUCCAGGGAUCCCAACCUCAGGAAGCCUGGCUAUGAAAGUCCCUUUUACAACAGUUCAGCAACAAGGACUGAGUUCGAGCUCACUAGCAAAGAUGAUCUUCAGCGAUCAUGCUGUGCCGUCUCCGGCACGUGUAGCAACCGCCAAAAACAGAAGUGCGCGGACAGUUCUUGGAGAAGUUGUGACAUGUCUACGUUUGACUUCAACAUUUCUUCUUGUUUGUCACCGUUCCAAGGUCUGUGUCAGAGGGAUAUGCCCCAAUCAAUGCACCUACCGUCUUUAUCUCUCCCCACAACAACAGUUACGUUAAAGAAGAGGCGCCGCCCAUAUUCCAAGCAACAAAUCGCCGAGCUGGAGCGGGAAUACUCAAGCUCCACCUACAUCUCUAAGUCCAGGCGGUGGGAGUUAUCUCAAAUAAUUAACUUAUCAGAACGCCAGAUUAAAAUCUGGUUUCAAAAUCGACGAAUCAAAGCAAAGAAGACGCAAAAGAGGGAAGUGACAACGCCGUAUUCUCCUCCGCCCACUAAAUUUGUUAGUUUACCACACCCUCCGCCCUUCCCAGGAAUGAUGCAGACCGCGAUCCCUGUUUCCUGA